AUGCUUCCAGUCCAGAGGAGAAAGCUGGAUCCACUCUCCAGUAAGCCAAGGAAUUUUAGGAAGGUUGUAAGGGCAAAGAGAAUAAGAAAGAUCAAGAGAAAGAAGAAAAGGGAGGCCAAAUGCCUGCCCAUUCUUCCAACACCUUCAGCACCACCACAAAGUGAAGAUGAGACUAUGGAUAACAGUCAUGAAGAUGAAGAUAAUCCUUACCUUCCCAGUAAGGAAAGAGUACAGAGCAAGCAGGAUGAGGGUUGCUGCGUGAUGUAUCAAGAAGGAUGCCAGAUCCAGUCCUGUGACCUCCCGGUCCCUCAGGAGUCUGGGACCUCACCUCCUGCUGUGACAUCCUUGGCAUCACCACCCCUCUGCUUUGAUGGCUUCCUAAGCUGUGUCUGCCAGACCUUCUCAAGGUUUAGGAAGCAGAAGCUUCCCAGAAGAACGAGUAACAAGCAAGCUGACACAGGCGAUGAUGCUGAGGUUCUGAGACCUGGUCUAUUGAGGGGUCUGGGCAAAAACAAAGUGCUGCCUCACCAAAGCCUGUAG